AUGAACGCAGUGGUCGUACUGUGUCACUUUUGUGAGCAGCAUGGGCCGGCUGUCAUUAUGUGUACCCAACCCUUGCGUCAGAUGGCCUUCCCAUUAGUGUCUUCGCGAAAAAAUUCUGUUUGUAAGCCGCACUCGUUUUCUGGCUGCGGAACUUUUCACGUCACUUCGACCUCGGCUUCUCACGAAGGAAAUGUGUGGCCUGUUGAACAAUUGUCACACAACCUCUACUCCGAUCUCAUAACAUCAACAGUUCCACCUCAGUCGACUGGUGCCGUUCAGGAUUCUACGCCUUGGAUGCAGAUGAAUGGCGCCUGUCGCGCCUGUUCCAUCAUAACACGAAAUGAAAUGGGCUUUGUGAGCCAUGAUUUCUCUGCCAAAACUGACUACGUCUCCACUCAGUUUCCCGGCGACAAGGAUCUUUUCCAGGCCGUUCGCACCGCCUGUAUGCGCAGUUUGUCGUGUGAAACUGUUCCGGAACGCGAAGGGCCCGUAUAUUUUGGCGAUGACUUAAAUCUGCACGUGAUUAGUUACAACUUCUUUAUUAAGGACUCUAUGGCUCGCGGCUUCCAGGUGAAGUACAGUUUUCUCCUUGCCUCAUGGAAUCAGGUUCUUUUAAUGAACCUAUGGCCAUUUGCGGUGAAAAGUUUUCGGACAAUGGCAGCUCGUCUGCAAGAAGCGGCGAACCGUGUAUAUGAAGAGGAGACAUCCUCGGGAGCCUCGUCAACUGCAGGUGGUGUCGGUGCGCGCUCGGCUACCCCCCCGGCGGGUAACAAUCCGCUCCGUCUCUGCCGCACUCCUCCUCCACCCUCCUCCCUGUUGCACCACCACCACACCUCUACUACGCCCCCAAGUCGUGGUGCUCCACCCCUUUUAAGUAGCCAAGCCGUUGCUGCGGGCUCUGCUGUGUCUCUUGCCAACCAGUCCAGCACCUCUGGUGCCGCUCGGAAACUCAGAAGCGCUCGUGCCACCGAGUUCGAUGUUCGGUCACUUGCUGACCUCACAAGGGACGAUCAGGUUUAUUACCGGAUCCACGCAUGGUUCACCUGGCUACUCCGAGUUGCCGGUCGAAACUGGACGCCUGUCAGUCUGAAGAGUGGAUCGGUGGAUGAGGACGAGGUCUUUGCGGAGGAGGAGAAGAACGGACUGCUGUUGGGUUCCGGUGGAGGGUCUGGGGACACAACGGUUGGCUCGCCCUCUCGUCUCCCCUCAAACACACCCCACCUGGCUGACCCGACCAACCUCAUCCUCGGCUCCGAACUCGGAUGGACCGAUGGCACGUCGGAGAUGGAAAUGGCUGUGCAAAUGAGACUGCUGUCUCACCUCUACAAGUGCAUCGGAGAGGACCACUUUCACCGGCUAGUAUACUACCUGGCCACUGGAAAUCAAAUUAUUGUCCAUCCACUGGAGAAACCCAAAGUGGCCUCUUUCACCGCGGCUGCUCUCGCUCGCCUUCUUCCUCGUGGAUGCGUUCGACUUGUAAUUGAGAGCUCGACAUAUGUGCCACCAUCCGACUGUAAUAUCCUGUCUCUGUCUUCGGGUACCCUUUUAUCUAAACUGGGACCUCCCGAAACCUCAUACGUAAUCGUCCAGGUGAGCCUCAUGUCUCCGAACUCGACCAAAGAAGACAUGGUUGUUGCAGGCCGAAAUACGCCCUCACCCGUCAGAAUAUCAACUGAUUCGGACACCAAGUUUGAUCAGCUCAACUUUGCAGUAAGCUUUGGUCAGGCCCUUCAAGCACCGUCAGAUAGCUGGGAGGCAUCUUGGUCACGUAGUAGCAGUCUGUCUGGGAGCAUUCCAUCUUCCCCCUGGGGUCUCUCUCCCUCUUCCUCCGUGACGUCGACUACUCACACUUCUCCUACCCCACCCCAAUGUAAACAACCUAUCAAUUCGACCUUUGCUGAUCAAAUAACGAAUAUUUUCCGGAUGGUUGACCCACUGCAAACCUCUGUUGUUAUUCUCCAGCCCUCUACAAUGAGUCUUGCCGUGGCUGUUAUUCGACAACGUUGGACAAGCUAUGCUCGCACUCUUUACGCCUUCCAGAAGUGUUGUAAGGUCUCUUCCAAUUUUGAGGAAGCAACACAAAAGUGCUUCCAAUUCCUCUCUUCCGUCUAUGGCACAACAGCGGACGAUGAGGCGGUAGUGCAAUUUUGGCAGAGGGCCUUGAGUAGACAAACCCGACUAGACAUCUGCCAUCCAGUUUCUCCCGCAACUUAG